AUGGCACCAACAAAACAAGCGCCGGAUCUGCAAUAUCGAAAUGGACGACAAGAAGAUGAUAAAGAAAUUGAAGAUGAGUGGAAGUUUCUGCAACAAACUACCCAUGUUGUUAUGCUUGAAGAUAAUGUAGAACUAUUUAGUUAUUUUACACAAUUUAAUUGUAAUUCCCUAAGGCAAGAGGCUGUAGAAGUGAGAAGAUUAUUGCUUAUUCUAUCUACUUUUGAUAUGUUAACUGGUUUGAAGUUGAACUUGGAUAAAAGUUCAAUGAUCAGUGUUGGUAAAGAUAUAAUUGUUAAAUAUUUGGCUAUGGAAUUUUGGAUCAAGGUGGAGGUUUUGCCAAUUAAGUAUCUUGGACUUCCAUUGGGGAUUACGGCUAAAAAUGCGACUAUUUGGGAAGAUGUAAUUCAAAGAAUGGAGAAAAAGUUAGCUUUAGGGAAGAGAAGAUAUUUAGACAAGGCUGGAAGGUUAACUUUGCUUAAAAGUUAUCUUGCAAGUUUCCCUUUGUAUUAUUUAUCUCUAAUUCGCUUACCUGCAGCUGUGGAGCAGAAAUUGACUAGAAUCAUGAGAAGUUUUCUUUGGGAUUCUUCAGAAGAUAAGAGGAAAAUGUGUUGGGUUUCUUGGAAGAAAAUUUGUACUCCACUGAAUAAGGGUGGUUUAGGUGUGAAGAACUUGAAACUCACAAAUUUUGCCCUUCUAUCUAAGUGGGUAUGGAGGUAUACCAACGAGAAGAAUGUUCCGUGGAGAAGGAUAGUGCAAGAGAAAUUUAAAGCUAAAAAAAAGAUUUUCUUUCCAGUUGAUGACAAUCUGCCUCAGGGGAAAGAAUAUUGGAAGAACAUUUUGAAGCCUAGUUCUCUAGUCAAAAGAAAAUGUGAAAUUCAGGUGAAGAAUGGGAAAGCAGUGAGAUUAUAA